ACCUCGCACAUAUAGACUUGUAGUUUCUCCCACACCACUGCUCACUUCAUCCUCUUCCACUGCUCCAUCCACCUCCCUCCCCCCACCAAACCACUGUUGAAAGAACCAAGAUCCGGUGGCCGAAGGUUGGGACGGCGACUACAACGGCAGAGCCGGCGCCGAUAGUUGCGACGACACAUGACCAUGGAACCACCGGAUCCACCGCGGAAAAGGACACUGCCAUGUGAGGAAGGUGAUGGCAGCGGAAAGAACAAAAAAGCUAGAUCCAGCACACGAGGCGGCGAAUCCGAUGAAGGCGACGGCUCGCAAGGCCAUCGCACUGCUCCCGGCGCAGCUGCUCCAUUGGUGAGUGCUUGCUUUCAUGGUAAAAAGUCAUCGCCCAGCUCCUAUCGAGCCAGUGAUGUUUCGGUUUUGUUUCUUUUCUUGAUUCCAAUGCGGCUAUACGACUUGGUGCGAUUGAUAAAUCCAGAUGGAUGUGAAUCUCUGAAAAUGCAUUUUUUAGGGCGUGGCUUCCGAAGACAGUGAGAUGCCGCCAUAUGCCAAGCGAAAAAGAAAGCGAGUUCUAGCCAACGAUUGCAGCGGAGGGGGGCCGAGCAUGCGUAGAUCUCGCCGUACACUAGUUCUUGUGCCCGAAUACCUUGCUGUUGCAGGUCAGGUCGUCCCAGCUCAACCCCCGAGUCUCCUAGCAGAGUCUGCCGUAUUACGUGGUAGGGUGGUGAAAUGUACUUGGAGCUGUCAUCAAAUCCUCCAUCUAGGAUUAAGAUCCUACGGAUUGGUGGAUAGAACUGGCAUGGCGAGUUUGUUAACAGCUGCAUGGACUGGUGAGGCCGAUAGGAGGUUUUAUGCUUGGAUGCUUAGUAGAUUUAGUUGGGAAGACAUGAGAUUCACGUUCCCUGACGGGGAAUAUAGAUAUUUCAGCCCCCGAUCCAUCGUUAGGACUUUGGGUCUGAAAAACAGUGGGCGCCAAGUGAGUAUGGUAAAAUUACCCGCAAAACAUAGGCAUAAUUUAACCCUGCGCAUCAGAACCAUACUAGGGAUCGAGACUAGAAGUCACGCCAGGGACGGUGGGUUAACAAUCGGAGCUGUGCAUGAUGCCAUCACACGAAUGAUGGCUUCAGGAAUUGGCAACUACCACCCCAGGGCCUUUGAGAUGGCCUACUCCCUCUUAGCAGCUGGUACAUGUGUUGGCCCCAAGCAAUCAUACUCGUCGAUCCCCUAGGAGAUGUUUGCCUGUGUCCUUUGUAACGGUGGAACUGGUGAGUAUGAUCUCGCCGAGUGGGCAUUUGAAAUCAUCAGAGCAGCUGUAAAGAAAUUGCAAAAAGAUUUGGAGGCUGGGGUGAGAACACUAAUAGUAGGCGGCAGCCAUUUGGCACUCAUUCCGUGGUUCUUCGAUUGGAUUGAUUUUGGAGCAAAUAAUGUCGAGCCGCACACUGUCCCCCGCAUCAGUGUUUACACGGGGCAGAUAUGCAGGAGGCUAAUCUACCUUAUAAGGGAGUAUCCAAAUAUAUUCACUAUAAGAGAGUGCCCUGUUCGUGAGCAACAGUUACAUAUGUUAUCAGUAGAACUAACUAACUUACAAAUGUUGCUUGAAAAUUUGCAGACAAAGCCUUAUGAUGCGUUCAACCCGCUCGAUGAUGUUUGGCACGGUGUAGUCGGAGAGUAUGGUGGAUUCCUACAACAACCAGAAUAAGUAGCUGCGCUCCGAUCAGCUCUGGAACUCAUUGCUGCCAGCCAACAGGAUGCAAUGGUGUCCGUCCAAGAGCAAAGGGGACAGGAGCCAGAUUAUGACUCCGGAAAAAUUACUGCCAUCCAGGAGCAUAGCAUGUUGUCUGAGCAAAGGCAAGGGGGACAGGGGCCAGCUUGCGACUACGGAAGAAAUGGUAAUGCUAAGAAACUAUCAGCUGCAAAAGGAAAGUGGGCAGCGGAUGAUAGCUCAGACUCAUCGAGCAGCGACAGUGACGACGAACCGGUCGAUCGAAGUGUUCGUCUGGCUAGGAGAUUAGAAGAAGCUGGUAGAAGAGGUUUGCAUUGCAUCGUCUACCAAAACGUCCUCCCCACAUGAAAAAAAACAUAAUGACAGUUUAAUAAAAAAAUUGCUUGGGGCACCACUGA